GACUCGGCGCUCGGCUGCCCGGCGCAUCGACUCCCUCGGCGCUCCGGGAGGGCGGAAGUGGAGGCUGGCGGUAGGGGGUCGCCGCCCGACAGCUUUUCCCGGAAGCGGCUGGGACCCUGUCCGAGCAGCUGGAGGGGCGUCAGGGAGGCCCAGAUUAUCUCUGUAACUAGAUCUCCAGUUUGCUCAACAAAUCACAAUGUCUCGUACACGACAACCCCCACUUGUGACAGGCAUCUCUCCAAAUGAAGGAAUACCAUGGACCAAGGUCACAAUUAGAGGAGAAAACCUGGGAACUGGCCCAACUGACCUCAUAGGUUUGGCAAUUUGUGGACAUAAUUGCCUCCUGACAGCAGAAUGGAUGUCUGCAAGUAAAAUAGUAUGUCGAGUUGGACAAGCCAAAAAUGACAAAGGAGACAUAAUUGUCACAACCAAGUCAGGUGGCAAAGGAACCUCAACAGUCUCUUUCAAGCUACUCAAGCCUGAAAAAAUAGGUAUUUUGGACCAGUCUGCUGUGUGGGUUGAUGAAAUGAAUUAUUAUGAUAUGCGUACUGACAGGAAUAAAGGAAUUCCUCCCUUGUCCCUACGUCCUGCUAAUCCGCUUGGCAUUGAGAUUGAAAAAAGUAAAUUUCCCCAGAAGGAACUGGAAAUGCUGUUUCCUGGAAUGAGUGCUGAUUUUACAAGUGAGAAUUUUUCAGCUGCCUGGUAUCUGAUAGAGAACCACUCAACCACCAGUUUUGAGCAGCUCAAAAUGGCAGUUUCCAACCUGAAGAGGCAGGCUAACAAGAAGAGUGAGGGCAGCCUGGCCUGUGUGAAAGGGGGUCUUAGUACUUUCUUUGAAGCCCAGGAUGCUCUUGCAGCCAUCCAUCAAAAACUGGAAGCGGAUGGAACGGAAAAAGUAGAAGGAUCCAUGACGCAAAAACUGGAGAAUGUUCUAAACAGAGCAAGCAAUACUGCAGAUACAUUAUUUCAAGAAGUAUUAGGUCGAAAGGACAAGGCAGAUUCCACUAGAAAUGCACUCAAUGUCCUCCAGCGAUUUAAGUUUCUUUUCAACCUUCCUCUAAAUAUUGAAAGGAAUAUUCAAAAGGGUGAUUAUGAUGUGGUUAUUAAUGACUAUGAAAAAGCCAAGUCACUCUUUGGAAAAACAGAGGUGCAAGUUUUCAAGAAAUAUUAUGCUGAAGUAGAAACACGGAUUGAAGCUUUAAGAGAAUUACUUCUGGACAAAUUGCUUGAGACACCAUCGACCUUACAUGACCAAAAACGUUAUAUAAGGUACCUGUCUGACCUUCAUGCACCGGGUGACCCUGCUUGGCAGUGUAUCGGAGCUCAGCACAGAUGGAUCCUUCAGCUCAUGCACAGCUGCAAAGAAGGCUACAUACAAGACCUGAAAGGUACCGCAGGCCUGCACAGUCCCAUGGUGGAUCUGGAUAGCGAUGCACGUCCCUCAUUGUUGGGCCAUCUUAGUCAAACAGCAUCACUGAAGCGGGGCAGCAGCUUUCAGUCUGGUCGAGAUGACACAUGGAGAUACAAAUCUCCCCACCGGGUAGCAUUUGUUGAAAAAUUGACCAAGCUUGUUUUAAGUCAGCUGCCUAACUUCUGGAAACUCUGGAUUUCUUAUGUCAAUGGAAGCCUUUUCAGUGAGACUGCUGAGAAGUCAGGCCAGAUUGAAAGAUCAAAGAAUGUCAGGCAAAGACAAAAUGAUUUUAAGAAAAUGAUUCAGGAAAUAAUGCAGAGUCUCGUGAAGCUGAUCCGUGGAGCACUACUCCCACUUAGCAUCCCAGAGGGUGGAGUGAGGCAGUAUGGUGGCUGGGAGGUGAAGUCUGAGCUCUCUGGACAGUGGCUUGCUCAUGUCAUACAGACCAUAAGGCUUACUUAUGAAUCCCUGACUGCCCUUGAAAUUCCUAAUGACAUGUUACAGACUAUCCAGGAUCUCAUUUUGGAUCUCCGAGUACGUUGUGUGAUGGUCACAUUGCAACACACAGCGGAAGAAAUAAAGAGAUUGGCUGAAAAGGAAGACUGGAUUGUUGAUAAUGAAGGGUUGACUUCUCUACCAUAUCAGUUUGAACAGUGCAUUGUACAUUCUCUGCAAUCACUUAAAGGAGUUCUGGACUGCAAGCCUGGAGAAGCCAGUGUCUUUCAACAACCUAAAACACAGGAGGAGGUUUGCCAACUAAGCAUCAAUAUCAUGCAGAUUUUUAUAUAUUGUCUGGAACAAUUGAGCACCAAGCCUGAUGCAGAUGUAGAUACUACGCAUCUUUCCAUUGAUGUUUCUUCUCCUGAUUUGUUUGGAAGUAUUCAUGAAGACUUCAGUUUGACUUCUGAACAGCAACUUUUGAUAGUCCUAAGUAAUUGCUGCUACCUACAAUGUCACACCUUCCUAAAUAUAGCAGAACAUUUUGAAAAGCACAACUUUCAGGGAAUAGAAAAAAUAACACAGGUUAGCAUGGCCUCAUUGAAAGAAUUAGACCAAAGAUUGUUUGAAAAUUACAUUGAGUUGAAAGCAGAUCCCAUUGUUGGCUCCUUAGAACCUGGAAUUUAUGCAGGCUAUUUUGAUUGGAAAGACUGCCUGCCUCCAACAGGUGUCAGAAACUAUUUAAAAGAAGCAUUGGUGAAUAUAAUUGCAGUGCAUGCAGAGGUGUUCACUAUUUCCAAAGAAUUGGUGCCUCGGGUCCUGUCCAGGGUAGUGGAAGCGGUGUCUGAAGAGCUCAGUAGACUCAUGCAGUGUGUGUCAUCCUUCAGCAAAAAUGGAGCAUUGCAGGCGAGGCUUGAAAUCUGUGCUCUGAGGGACACUGUGGCUGUCCACCUGACACCUGAAAGCAGGUCCAGUUUUAAGCAGGCUCUGGAAGCACUGCCCCAGCUUUCCAGCGGAGCAGACAAGAAGUUACUGGAAGAGCUGCUGAACAAGUUCAAGAGCAGCAUGCACCUGCAACUCACCUGUUUCCAAGCUGCUUCUUCAGCCUUGAUGAAAACAUAA